UGUGGUUUUUGUAUGCUGCACUAAUUUGUGAAUUUUGCCAGUUUAUUUCAUUUUGUACUAACGGACUAGUCUUGUGAAUUUUGAGAAGUUUUUUGUGGUAAUUUAUAUCUGCACUAAUCUGUACUAAUUAACCUCAUGGAACAAGAUAAAAGCGAUGAUGAGCAAGAUUUUUCUCCGGACGAUGGACCACCGAAGGAAACGUAUUCCUCGUGGGCUGAGUUCGAGAAAGUUUUCGGUGAUUACCAAAAAACCACCAACCAGACUUUCGUCAUUGAUCGAUCGAAAAAGUUGCCAGAAAAUGAUCCCCAGCGCAAGACUCUAGUUUACAAAUCAGUGAAGUUUGACUGUGUACGCCACAAAGCCCACACGGCAAAAACCACGGGAGAACGACCGUUCCAACACACACGAAGGGCCGAAUGCUGUGCCACGCUAACCGAAGCAGCGCGGAUAAAGGAAAAACAGCUUGUGAUUACGAAGGUAAACCUAAAGCACAAUCACCCAUUAAGCCUCGAAGGUUGGCAGAAUCUUCCCGAGAACAGGAGACUUAACGAUGAAGAGACGAAUACAGUAAGAGACAUGAUUCAUUCACGUGUACCUGCUGCUGCUAUUGCGGAUCAGAUGCGGAAGCAGACAGGGAAGACAGUCCUAACAAAACAAGUGCAUAAUAUUCGAACAAAGAUGGAUCAAAUAUCCCGUGCAGGAAAAACCGAGGAACAGAUGCUGGACAAUGUACUGCAGAAAUUACGUGAGAAAGAUCCCGAUGCUUCAGUACACGUUGAACUGAGCAGUGAUGAGGCCCCUAAGAUUUUGGCUGUUGUUAUCGUGACCGGCCCCAUGAAAGCCAGCUUCGAGGCCAAUCCUUCCGUUAUAUUCUUGGACGCGACGUACAAACUUAACCGAGAAAACUAUCUUAUGUAUGCUGCCGUGGUGGAGGAUCGGAAUGGGCGUGGGCAGCCUAUUGCAUUCGGCUUCCUGGCAUCCGAAAAAGCGGAAGUGGUUCCCGCUUCCGUUUUUUUUACACGUACUAAGCCGGGGCCAGACUGAAUACACGCCGUCGGUUGCCUUCGGCAUCGUUCCAUGGCUGGAUGACGCUAGCAUGUGGCUAUCCGAUUGGGUACUUGUAAUGUUUUCAUGGGAGCGUUUACUUGUUAUCCUCUGUCCGUUUCACUUCCGCAGCCUGCAGCGAGUAACCGUGGCGCGUAUUGUCAUUCUAAUCCUGCUGGUGCUGUCGCUGUUAUUCAACAUGAUCAAUUUUGCGGUUAACUACGAAGAACCCCACAAACACAUGAUCGGUGCACGGUACGGCUUCGAUUCCGAUGGAUCUUCGUCCUGGGUCCGACAGUGGCUUUCGUUCCACGCAAAAGCCAAGAUUAGUGUGCGCCUUCUGACAUUUUUAUUAAUCCUUCUUCCCAACUGCGUUCUCAUCGGCUUCUUGGCAUAUUCUCGCCAAUCCGAAAUCAGCAGGAUGCGGGCCACUCCCAACGUCCGUGAAGUCGCAUCGUCGACGAGAAGGGACCAGAACAGCAUUAACGUCAUAUUGCUCAGUAGCGCCGCACUGUUCCUGAUAACGCGCGCGCCACAAACCUUUCAGAUGUGCGCUGUGGCAGCCAACAGCAAAAUCGGGCUGUAUAAUGCCGAUGAUUCCGUUACGCAUAUCACGGAUGAUUUUAUCAAUCUCGCCGUGCUGGUCGGUUACAGCUUGAAUUUCUACGUGUACCUACUCACCGAGCGACAAUAUCGAGAGGGUUUCAUGGCGGUCGUUGUCCGUCCACUAAUUUCCUGUUGUAUAACAACACUGCCAUGGAAAGACGAAGAAAGCUAUGGAGGGGACGAGGGCAGUCCUACCGUCUCGACAACGGUAGUCUAAUGAGAAAACGUUUAACGGUACACGGCAGUGGUACCAGAGUAGACCUUUGAUUUUUCCAUUAGCUGCUUCGACUAUGAUGCCUCACUGUUUCCAAAUUCGCUUGUAUGUCAACCAGCUGCAUUAUUAUGUUUACGUUAACGUUAUUUCGAUUUCGCGAAGCCAUAAGAAACAUUUGGGCACUUGUUCAGUAGUGCAGUCUUGUGUGUUUCGUUUCCGUUACCGAGCGGAAUCUUUGGAAAAUUAACUUUAUCAUGUAAUAAGCAGACGU